UCAAGAUUGAUUUAUUCUUGGCGCGAACGAGAUGUCGUGGCCGCGCCGAGGCGACUCGAGGAAGGACGGCAGCGAUAAGGUAGCCACCGAUGCAUCGUGGCCUAGGCGAGAAGCAACAUCCACCGUCGAAAGCGGAAAGACCCAGCCUGCAUGGCCCCGACGUGAGACGAAGAAGGUGGAUGCCAUCAAGAGUCAUCAAUCCAAGAAAGACGAAGCGUGGCUGCUGCAAGUCUUUGAGAAGCGGAAGGAACUGAAGAAGAAACGCAAACUGGAAGCCAUCCUGCUUGAAGCGCGUGUGAAGGAGGAUGUAGCGGAGCAAGCAGAACAAAAGCGCGCCAUGACGACAGCGCCAUCGAUCGACGAGCCGCCACCAACGACGAUUGUUGUCGAUGCAAUCUCCGACGCUGUCAUCGACGCACGUCCGUCCACACUCGACAUCGACGAUAGGAGUGUCCCUGUAGUUCGAUCGAAUACCUCGUCGUUACCAUUACCCACUGUUCAUGCUGCUCCGCCAUCGUCCAGUGUCCAUCAUCGUCCCGAUCUCUCUAAAACGCCAGCAUCGUCCACGUCAGCGAAAUUCAAUCCACUGGCGCUGACGCCGCCGCCGCUGCGACCAGUCAAGACACUAGAUUGGAAGCCAACGUCGUCCCCAUCCACCGCAUAUUCCAUCGACGCCGAUGUGACGGCAUGGAAAGAGUUUGCCAAGAAGGAAGUGCACCGUGAAAAAGGCCCGUCAAGUGUCAGCGACAACUUUGUGCGCCUCACGAUGCGAAAGCGCGUGCGUGGUAGCACGGGUAAGGCCAAGAAGCGACCGCAGUACCUUCAUGCCACCAUGUACAGCAACAACAAUGACAAUAACAACACCCAUCAACCCGGGAAUCCAACGCCAAAGCAAGGCGAUUCCGCCGCCGAGGCCACAGAUGCAAUGAUAUCCGACGGCGUCGACAUUGUCGAUGAGUGUCUCGCCCAGCCUCCCCAUACUCUUCCUCCUCGUCCUUCCACCGACCUUCUUGUUCCCCCGACGGUGACUGAAGCGGCGGCGGCACCACCCCUUCCUCCACAGCUCCAUCCAACUGACGACAUGCUCGACAUACCCAUCCCCUGCUGCGCCCAUGGCAUCCCCUGCCAUCGCCUCGUCGUAUCCAAGAAGACCAAGAACCACGGCCGUGCGUUCUUUGCAUGCACGCGGCGUCUGGACGAAGGCCGGUGCGACUUUUUUCUGUGGGAGCAAAACCACCCCGCCGCCGUCACCCUCGCGUGGACUUCAUCUUCCUCUGACCUGCCGCCACCGCCGCCGAUUCCUCGCUUCGUGUCGGCACUACACGCGCUCCGUGUCGUGUUUGGCCAUGGCGACUUCAAACCCGGCCAAGAAUGGGCCAUCCACCGCCUGCUCAACGAACCCUCGUCCAAGUCAUUGCUGGUGCUUCCCACCGGCUCGGGCAAAUCGCUGUGUUACCAGCUGCCGGCGCUGUACCUUCCCGGACUCACCAUCGUGAUCUCGCCGCUGAUUUCGCUCAUGCAAGACCAACUGACCAAGCUGCCGCCGCCACUCCAAGCUCGCGCGGCGUCGUUCUCGUCGUCGCGGUUCAAAGCCGACCAAGCCGCUGUCAUCAAGGCGUUGGUCGAGAACCGGCUCAAGCUGCUGUUCGUGUCACCUGAACGUGUCGUCACGGCCGGGUUUGCGCGGCUGCUGGCGCGCGUCCACGUCAGCCUCGUGUGCAUUGACGAAGCGCACUGUGUGAGCGAAUGGUCGCACAAUUUUCGCCCGGCGUUCCUACGACUGGGUCGAGUGACCCGCCGCGCCACCAACGUGCUCGCGCUCACGGCCACCGCGUCCGUCGCCGUCACCCGCGAUAUUGUGCGCAUCCUCGAGAUCCCCACAGACCGCGGCAUCCACCGGUGCAGCGCGUACCGACCCAACUUGGACUUGCAUGUCCAGCGCAUUCAACAUGAUGACGACAGGUACGCGGCGCUGCGGACGCUCUUGACCACGGCGCCACUCAAUAAGGGAAGUGUGAUCGUGUACGUCCACACACAAUACGCCGCUGCGCAAGUGGCCGCCCUGCUCACCACUGAAGCCAACAUCAAAGCGAGUGCGUACCACGCAGGACUGAGUUCCGACGUCAAGGAAAAGGUGCAAAAGGGGUUUGCGAGUGGCAAGGUUCGUGUGGUGGUGGCUACGAUUGCGUUUGGGAUGGGCAUCGACAAGGCGAACGUCCGGGGCGUCGUGCAUUUCCAUAUGCCAACUAGCAUGGAGCAUUACGUCCAGCACAUCGGGCGGGCCGGCCGCGACGGGAAGAAGGCGUCGUGCGCGGUGCUGCUGCUCCAGUCGGACUUUGUGCGCUUCCACUCGCUCGCGCACUCGGACGGGCUGUCCAUGCCCCAAGCCCACGCGUUGGUCCGCACUCUCUUCUGUCGCCACAACACGUCCAUGUCUUCACCAAGCAUAACACACCCCAUCGCGACCCUAGAACAAGACCUGGAUAUGAAACAUUCGGUGGUGGAUACGGUGCUCACGACGCUCGAGCUCCAAGGGAUGGUGGAGCUGCUGCCUUGUCUGUAUGCCACAUGCACGAUCAGCGUGCACCAAUCUCAAAUGUCCAAGUGGACCGUCCAUCCCAUGUACCCCAACGUGAUGGCGAUCGCGGCCGUGUCGGCUGUCCAGGACGGGUACCUGUGCACGACCUCGUUCGUGUACAACGUGGUCGAGUAUACCCACCGGUUUGCCAGCAACUCCACCAACGACGCAAGUGCGUUUAUAGAGCUACGCCGGCUGCAGCAACUCGGCAUUGUACAGUACAAACUGUCCGACUAUGCCAUCCAUUUCCGCAUAUUGAAGUGUCCAUCAUCAUCCGACGCCGCCCUCGACGACCUCGCGCAUGCCAUCUACGUACACCACCAAGCCCAAGAAGCCCGCAACGUUCAUCGGUUAGAAGCAUUGUAUCACGUCUUGUCGGCAGCAUGUCACAUUCCACUGAACAAGUCCCCCGUCGGCAAGAAGCAACCGAGCGACCCGUUGAAUGCUGCGAUUGAAGCAUACUUUGAAGACAAUGGUGGUAUACGUACAGCAGAAGAAGAAGAAGAGCAUGACGACUGGCCCCGCACGCCGCUGACCCCGGCGGAGACACUGGCCAUCCAAGCCGCCACCACGCGCCUCCUCCAGGACGACCGCGUCGCCUGCCGCCUCGUGUCGGCGCAGAGCAUCACGCGCAUCCUCCACGGGCUCUCCAGUCCCCGGUUCCCUUCCGACGACUGGCGAGACCACCCGCUAUGGGCCAAGUUUGCAGCGAUGCCGUUUCCAAACGUUCGUGCUGUCGUCCACGACGUUGUCACAGACCACAAAAAAAAUCAAACUGCGAUGACGGGUGACGACACGAAUGUAUGCAUCGACCACCCAGACCAGAAUCAAGAGGGUUGGUCAUAAUAACACGAGUCUGGUUCAUAUACUAUGGCUAUGUUAAGAGGUUGUCGUUGGCGCUUUGGGUGUGGACGCCGUACGUCGACGGUGGCGCUGCGCGUCGAGCUCGGCGACCCAUGACUGUACCAGGGGCGUCUUGAACUUGCCUUGGGUACCCGCAAAGAACUGGUCCAGUUGAAGGUUGUCUUGAGCUAUGGAAAACAUAUGAAAACCAAAAC